GCUCUUCCUCUCUCCUCACCUCGAACGUUCAAUUCUCGUGCUCUUCCAGCCAACCCAAACGCCCUAGCAGAGGCGAGAGAAGAGAAAGGAAACGGGAAGGGGGUGGCCACCCCCCUUCCCGUCGCCACCCCUCGGCCUAGCCACCCGCCACCGACGCAGCCGCUGAAUGGGCCGUCGCCGCCCCUCCGUGGUCUCCUUCAUCGGCGACGCCGAGGAGGACGGCGCCGAGCUGGAAUGGCCCUUCGGCCGGCUCAAGGACCUCAGCCGCGAUGAGCUCCGUGCUACUGCCUACGAGAUCUUCUUCGCCGCCAGCCGGUCCACCCCCGGCUUCGGCGGUCGCGCUACCCCCUCCCACCACGCAUCCGACGCCUCCUCCAGCGCCGCGGCUACGGACGCCGCUGGGAGGCUCCUUUACUCCCCCGGCGGCCUCGGCGGCUUCGGUGGGGGGGCCAACAUGGCGGUGACCAGCCGGAUAAAGAGAUCCCUGGGGCUGAGGACGAGGAGGGCAGCGUACAUGCGCCCGAUGACCCAUUUAGGAUCGCCGGCCAUGUCGCCGGGCAUCACGCUAGGUGGCGGUGGCUCCUCGUCGGGUAAGGUGAAGCAGCGGCCUAUGACGUCGGCAGAAAUCAUGCGGCAGCAGAUGGGCGUCUCGGAGCAGAGAGACAACCGCCUCAGGAAGACCCUCGUGCGCACCCUCGUCGGUCAGGCGGGUAAAAGAACGGAAGCAAUUAUCCUCCCUCUGGAGCUCCUCCGCCACUUGAAACCAUCCGACUUCAGCGACCCCCAACAGUACCAUCAAUGGCAGCAGCGGCAGCUAAGGAUUCUGGAGGCAGGGCUUCUCUUGCACCCCUCGGUACCCCUGGACCGCACCAACUCCGCCGCCCAUCGCUUCAGCGAGAUCAUGCAAGGGAGCGAGUUCAAGCCCAUCGACACGGGCAAGAACUCGGAAACGAUACGCAACCUCUGCAACUGCGUCAUGGCCCUGGCAUGGCGCACCCAGAACGGGGCGCCCGUGGAAGUGUGCCACUGGGCUGACGGCUUCCCUCUCAACGUUUACCUCUACCUCGCCUUGCUUCGUUCCAUCUUCGAUAUCCGGGACGAGACCGUGGUGCUGGAUGAGGUCGACGAGCUGGUGGAGCUGAUGAAGAAGACAUGGAGCACAUUUGGGAUCAAUAGGAUGACCCACAACGUGUUAUUCACUUGGGCCCUCUUCGAGCAGUACGUUGCGACGGGGCAAGUGGAGCCUGACCUGAUCGCUGCGACGCUCAUGAUGCUCAUCGAGGUGGCCAAUGAUGCGAAAAGGCCCGAUAGGGAGCCUGGAUACGUUAGGGUGUUAUCGGCUGCGCUGGCGGCGAUGCAGGGGUGGGCGGAGAAGCGAUUGCUCGAGUAUCACGAUUGGUUCGACAAAGGCACCAUUGCAUCGAUGGAGAACGUGCUACGUUUGGCGCUUUCCACCGCCAAGAUUAUUAGCGAAGAUGCUUCAAGCUGUGGAGGUGCUGCGGUGUUCGCCGAGCGAGAGAUGCUGUUUUCGAGCAAAUUCUCGUCGGUGAACCGUGUCGAACAGUAUAUAAGGUCUUCCCUGAAGAGUGCUUUCACCAAGGUAUUUGAAAACGGGAACGGGAAGAUCGAUAGCAUGGUGGUGGAGGUAGACGAGGACCCCAACGACACAUUGGUUCAUCUUGCCAAAGAGACAGAGAGGAUAGCCCGGUUUGAGAAAGAGACCUAUAGCCAAACACUGAAGAGGUGGCACCCUGCUCCGACCGCCGUCGCAGUGGUAACGCUUCACAACUGUUUCGGCGUCGUGCUGAAGCAGCACCUUGCGAGGGGUUCAGGCCUGACGAAUGAGCUGGUCAGAGUCUUGCACACUGCAGGGAAGCUGGAGAGGAAGUUGGUUCAAAUGGGCAUGGAGGAUUCCGCCGACGCCGACGAUGGUGGAAAGGGGAUCAUGAGGGAGAUAAGCCCCUACGAGGUGGAUUCUGUUAUCUUGAACCUCAUGAAGAAUUGGAUAGAUGAUCGGCUGAGGAUGGCCACGGAGUGCGUCAGCAGAGCUAAAGAGACCGAGAGUUGGAACCCGAAGUCCAAGUCGGAUCCAUAUGCACAAUCUGCAAUGGAACUGAUGAAGUUGGCCAAGGUGACAGUCGAUGAGUUCUUCGAGAUCCAAGUGGGAGGAAGGGACGAACUGGUACAGAACCUGGCAGAUGGAUUGGAUUCUCUGUUUCAGGACUACAUUUCCUUUGUUGCGUCAUGUGGUUCGAAACAGAGCUACAUUCCAGCGCUGCCGCAACUAACGAGGUGCAACCAGGACUCCCGGGUCCUCCAACUGUGGAAGAAGGCGUCAACCCCAUGCAAAGCGGGCAUCGAUCCCAGCCUCCUCCGCGCGCCGUGCAGAGCAGGCAUCGACCGCAGCCUCCGUCCGUUGCGCAGGCCCGGCACAGCUGGUGACGGCAUGCACCAACCGCGCCCCACCGCCAGCCGCGGCACUCAGCGGCUCUACGUGCGCCUCAACACUCUGCAUUACCUCCUCGGCCUCCUACACACCAUCGACAAGUCCCUCUCCUUCUUCUCCCGCCCGGGUCCCUCGCCUUCUCCUCACACUCCCCUUCGGUCGCGGCGGCGUGCCGUUUUCCCCACCCACUUCGAUCUCGCACGCUCCUCCAUCCACUCCACCAUCCUCCACGUCGCCGAGGUCGCCGCCUACCGUCUUAUCUUCCUCGACUCGUCCCAGUCCUUCUACGACUCCUUGUACGUCGGCAGCGUGGCCGAAGCUCGCAUCCGACCCACCCUACGAGCGCUAAAGCAGAACCUUUCCCUCCUCGUCUCGGUGCUCACGGACCGGGCGCAGCCGCUGGCGGUGAAGGAGAUAAUGAAGGCGUCGUUCGAGGCCUUCCUGAUGGUGCUGCUGGCUGGGGGAAGCGGGCGGGCCUUCGCGAGGGCGGACUACGACAUGGUGGCGGAGGACCUGGCGAGCCUGAAGCGGAUAUUCUGCACGAGCGGGGAGGGGUUGGUGGCGGAGGAGGUGGUGCAGAAGGAGGCGGCGGCGAUGGAGGGGGUGGCAAGGCUGAUGAGCGUACCCACCGAGAAGCUGGUGGAGGAGUUCAGCGUGAUGGCGUGCGAAGCCAGCGGGCUGGGAAGGUCGCUGGAGACAGUGCCGAUGCCUCCGACGACCGGGAAGUGGCACCGGUCCGAUCCCAACACGGUGCUCCGGGUGCUGAGCCACCGGAACGACGACGUCGCGAACCGGUUCUUGAAGAGGGCUUAUGAUUUGCCCAAGAGGAGGUGAAGGUAGAGCACGUGUAAGUAGAGACAGAAAUAUAGAGGGGAGAAUGACGACGGUAUUUUUAUUUUUUUAACUUUUGUAUUAUUAUAUUGAUAUCGUUUUCUUUGUCUUCUUUUUCUUGCUUUAGUAGUAUUUGUGUAUAAUAUACCUUUAUAUAAAUAAGGUAGAAUAUAUGGAAUAAUUGGCAAAGAUAAUUUUAAUUAAAA